AUGAACAAGCAGCUGCUGCUCGCCGUGGUGGUCCUCGCCACGAUCGUGGGCUGUGCUCUCGCCCAGACUCGCCCGAACCUCAGCGAGACCUUUGAACUGCAAGGCCUCGUAACCCUCAGACAAAACAACUCCCUCGUCUAUGGCCGAGCCAAGUGGGUAGUGGACUAUAGGGAGGGUAAGGCUCUUGACGUGCUCGAGUUCUACGAUAGCGACCUUCAGCAGCACGACGUUCACGACCUGCUGCGCUACGACCAGGGCAAGCACUACCAGGUCGCGGGCCAGUCCGCCAAGUGCCGCGAAAGCGACCUCACGGCCAAGUGGCUGCCUUUUGCGUGGGACUGGGUUGCUAAGGCCGCUCCCGUGGGCCUCGCCACGCCCGGCACCGACGCCUACCAGCUGUGGCGCUACAAGGCCGCCGGCGUGACCGUGUCGGUGGGCGUGGCGCUGGAGGACGCCGAUCGGUUGGUGCUCUUCAGCCGCGCCACCGCCGACGAGGAGUACGUGUUCUACGUCGAGCCCGCCAACGCCACCGCCGAGAUGGAGGCCGCCCGGCCGCACAGCUCCUGGUUCGACGUGCCCAUCGCGUGCCGAACGCAACUCGCCGGCGAUGUCUCCUCCCCUCUUGUCGCACAGACCCGCUGA